GGCCGAGCGGCCGCUUCCGGUUGGCCGCUCGACCCAGGAGCGCAUCCUCGUAGCCGGGGCCGCUUCAGCCCCGUCCCAUCUCUGUCGUGGAGGAUCCGCCUCGGCACAGGCAGGCUCGGUCCGGCCUUGCGUUGAGUAAAGAUGACAGCAAUCAAGCACGCAUUACAAAGAGACAUUUUUACACCAAAUGACGAACGCCUGCUGAGUAUUGUCAAUGUCUGCAAAGCAGGAAAAAAGAAAAAGAACUGUUUUUUGUGUGCCACAGUGACAACUGAACGCCCCGUGCAGGUGAAGGUGGUCAAAGUCAAGAAAUCUGAUAAAGGAGAUUUCUACAAAAGGCAGAUUGCUUGGGCCCUUCGAGACCUUGCUGUGGUAGAUGCCAAGGAUGCUAUUAAAGAAAAUCCUGAAUUUGAUUUACAUUUUGAAAAAAUAUAUAAAUGGGUUGCCAGCAGCACUGCUGAAAAGAAUGCAUUUAUUUCAUGCAUUUGGAAACUGAACCAGCGAUAUCUCCGGAAGAAAAUUGAUUUUGUCAAUGUUAGCUCACAGCUUUUGGAAGAAUCUGUUCCAAGUGGAGAAAAUCAGAGUGUGACAGGAGGCGAUGAAGAAGCAGUGGAUGAAUACCAAGAGUUAAAUGCAAGAGAAGAGCAGGAUAUUGAGAUAAUGAUGGAAGGCUGUGAGUAUGCAAUUUCAAAUGCCGAGGCCUUUGCAGAAAGGUUGUCCAGAGAGCUUCAGGUGCUAGAUGGGGCCAACAUCCAGUCAAUCAUGGCCUCCGAAAAGCAAGUAAACAUCCUAAUGAACUUGCUGGACGAGGCUCUAAAGGAGGUGGAUCAGAUUGAAUUGAAACUGAGCAGUUAUGAGGAAAUGCUCCAAAGUGUAAAAGAACAAAUGGAUCAGAUCUCUGAGAGCAACCACCUGAUUCAUCUUAGUAACACUAAUAAUGUAAAACUCCUAUCAGAGAUAGAGUUCCUUGUGAACCACAUGGACUUGGCCAAAGGUCAUAUAAAGGCCCUUCAGGAAGGAGAUCUUGCUUCCUCCAGGGGCAUCGAGGCCUGUACCAACGCCGCGGAUGCCCUUCUGCAGUGCAUGAAUGUGGCUCUUCGACCAGGCCAUGACAUGCUUCUGGCAGUCAAACAGCAACAGCAGCGUUUCAGUGAUUUGCGAGAGCAUUUUGCCCGGAGACUAGCCAGUCACCUCAACAAUGUUUUUGUUCAACAGGGCCAUGAUCAGAGUUCAACUCUUGCUCAGCACUCUGUUGAACUGACUUUACCUAAUCAUCAUCCAUUUCAUAGAGACUUGCUCCGAUAUGCCAAGCUGAUGGAGUGGCUAAAGAGUACUGAUUAUGGAAAAUAUGAGGGACUAACAAAGAAUUACAUGGAUUAUUUAUCACGACUCUAUGAGAGAGAAAUUAAAGAUUUCUUUGAAGUUGCAAAGAUCAAGAUGACUGGCACAACUAAAGAAAGCAAGAAGUUUGCUACACUGCCUCGAAAAGAAAGUGCUGUCAAACAGGAAACAGAGAGUCUUCAUGGAAGUUCCGGGAAAUUAACUGGAUCUACUUCUAGUCUAAAUAAACUCAGUGUUCAGAGUUCAGGGAAUCGCAGAUCUCAGUCAUCUUCCUUGUUGGAUAUGGGAAACAUGUCAGCCUCUGAUCUCGAUGUUGCCGACAGAACCAAAUUUGAUAAGAUCUUUGAACAGGUACUAAGUGAACUGGAGCCCCUGUGUCUGGCAGAACAGGACUUCAUAAGUAAAUUUUUCAAACUACAGCAACAUCAAAGCAUGCCUGGAACUAUGACUGAAGCAGAGGAGCUAGAUGGAGGAACGUCGUCACGGCAACAUAAUGCUGGCACACCACUGCCUGUUUCAUCUGAGAAAGAUAUGAUUCGCCAAAUGAUGAUUAAAAUAUUUCGCUGCAUUGAGCCAGAACUGAACAACCUGAUUGCAUUAGGAGACAAAAUCGAUAGCUUUAACUCCCUUUACAUGCUAGUCAAAAUGAGUCAUCAUGUGUGGACUGCACAAAAUGUGGACCCUGCUUCUUUUCUAAGUACUACAUUGGGAAAUGUUUUGGUGACUGUCAAAAGGAACUUUGAUAAAUGUAUUAGUAACCAAAUAAGGCAAAUGGAGGAAGUAAAGAUCUCAAAGAAGAGUAAAGUAGGAAUUCUCCCAUUUGUUGCUGAAUUUGAAGAGUUUGCUGGACUUGCAGAAUCAAUCUUUAAAAAUGCUGAGCGUCGUGGAGAUCUAGAUAAAGCAUAUACUAAACUUAUCAGAGGAGUGUUUGUUAAUGUGGAGAAAGUAGCUAAUGAAAGCCAGAAGACGCCCAGGGAUGUAGUCAUGAUGGAAAACUUCCACCAUAUUUUUGCAACACUUUCUCGUUUGAAAAUCUCAUGUCUAGAAGCUGAAAAAAAAGAAGCCAAACAAAAAUACACAGAUCACCUUCAGUCUUAUGUCAUUUACUCUUUAGGACAACCUCUUGAAAAACUAAAUCAUUUCUUUGAAGGCGUUGAAGCUCGGGUAGCACAGGGUAUAAGAGAAGAGGAAGUAAGCUAUCAACUUGCAUUUAACAAACAAGAACUCCGAAAGGUUAUUAAAGAGUAUCCUGGAAAGGAAGUAAAAAAAGGUCUAGAUAACCUCUACAAGAAGGUUGACAAACAUUUAUGUGAAGAGGAGAACUUACUUCAGGUGGUGUGGCACUCCAUGCAGGAUGAAUUUAUACGCCAGUACAAGCAUUUUGAAGGUUUGAUAGCUCGCUGUUAUCCUGGAUCUGGUGUUACAAUGGAAUUCACUAUUCAGGACAUUCUGGACUAUUGCUCCAGCAUUGCGCAGUCCCACUAAACCUUGCAAAAGAAGAAAAGAUAAAUGAAAAAAGCACUCUGAGUACACCAGACACUAUUCAAAAACAUCAAGCAACCGUUUUGAGAACCAGACUUAAAAUUUUAUGUAUGAAUGUCAGAUAAAUGGGUAAUACCAUACCACAAAUAUUCAAAUGCGAAAGUACCAACCUAUGUGGCAGUUUCAUUUGCCCAAUAGGUUGUGUACUAAAAGCAUUUAUCUCGGGCUUCCCUGGUGGUGCAAUGGUUAAGAAUCUGCCUGCCAAUGCAGGAGACAUGGAUUCAAGCCCUGGUCCAGGAAGAUCCCACAUGCCGUGGAGCA